CCAAAAUUGAACAUUUCGAUUAAACUGCCUUUCUUUUCCCAGAACUACAUGAUGUUUGUGUCCUGGUCAGAUCAGAACAACAUUCUCAUCUACAGGACUUUUGAAGACUUUAAGAAAUUCCAUAAAGAGCUGAAGAGAAAAUUCCCCACUGAGAGUGGGUCACUGAGGAGUUUGCCCAGGUUUAAAGGUAUAACUAUGCAGCAGAGGAAGGGUGGGAAGCUGAACAGGUGCCUGGAGAUCCUGAAACUGCUGGAAACGUAUUCCCAGGAGCUGCUGAAAACAGAUGUGAAAAUCUCCCGGGGGGAAGAGGUGAAUCAGUUUUUCAAGGCACAGACUCAAGACCUUGAUCCAUCGUUCCCUGAAAACAGUGUUGUGAUCAUGCCAUCAGUAUUCAGAAGGGAGAAGAACCCCCAGCCCCUCUCCAUCACCCUCCCUCAGGCCUCGCAGAGCUAUCGCUGCAUCGAGGCCUUUGAAACCAAAGACACAAAGAACAAACCCUUCACAGUGGCUCAGAAGGAGAUUGUGGAAGUGCUGAUCAAGGACAUGACUGGCUGGUGGCUGGUGGAAAAUGCAGACAAGCAGAUAGCCUGGUUCCCAGCCUCGUACCUGGAAGAGCUUGAUGCCUGUGAGGACAUCCAGACUGCCCUCAGCCCAAACGAGGAGGGCAGCCUGUACUUUGUGGUGCAGGCCUAUGAGGCUCAGAAGGCAGAUGAGCUGUCCCUGAACCAGGGGGUGAUCGUGGAGGUGCUCAGGAGAUCCCACGACGGCUGGUGGCUGAUCCGGUACAAUGGCUGCACUGGCUACAUGCCCUCGCUGUGCCUCAGACCCUACCAGAACCCUCACCACAAGCUCCAGACCAUCCUGAGCUGUGGCCUGAACGCCUCCACACUGAACCUCUGCUCCCCACAGCCACGGGCUGAGCCUGUGCCCCAGCCCAGCCCGGUCCCUGGGGGGCUCAGCAGCUCUCAGAGAAGCAGAUCCCGCUCCCUGCCCAGAGCCAGCUCCACCCCACAGCUGGAUUUGGCUUUGGACAGUUCUUCCCUGAGCUCGGGGAGCAGCAGCGCUGGGGACUGGAAACCCAGCUUGUCACGAUCCCUGCCCGAGGUAGAGCAGGCUCGGAGCUCUCCUGGCCCAUCCAUGCACAGCAGCAAAUCCCCACAGCUCAGUGCCAGGGACAGGAACGACUCUGGCUUCGUGGAGUCCUCCACAGCUGAGCUCAGCUCGUCCCUCGCUGACCCCGAGCUGGCCAAGGGUGUCCCCAGGGUGCCAGCCCGGCCCUCACCCCAUGAGAUCCUGCAGCGCUGCAGCACUGUCACCAAACGUGCCCUGCAGCAAUCGGCUCCAGGGCCAGGCCUGCCCAUCCCCAGCAGAAAUUAG